AUGCAGUUGCACGAAGCGAAGGUCCACCGACUCUCAGUCGAGUGCAGAACCUGUCCAGGCCGGGCACGCUCCAGCGCAGACCCCCGGAUGCUGCGCCGCGUUCGUGGGCUGUAUCCGGCAGAUCCGUAUGUGGAACAUGCACGGUUCACAACAGAGAGGAGUGACGGCGACCCAGUAUGUGGAGAGGUAUGGCGGUUAUGGCAGAUGCAGAGACAUGGGCAACAUCAUGUGGCAAGUGGCGCUGGCUCUCGAUCACCUUCAGAACGACAACGUAGGGGCAGCAAAAGAUGCGAUAGCGCUGAUCGCCGUUUGCUUGGAGCAAACCUCUCUAGAUGCAGGGAGGAUGGAUGUGGGGCUGCUGAAGAUCCGCCAAGUGGGGUGUUCACCAACCGGACGCUCCCCAGUCAUUCCAGAGGAAGAGCAUUUGCCCCGCUGGCAGACCAGAGGUGGGUAGCCAACACCUUGUCCUACAUCAAGGAGCUCGACACAAUUGCCACAAAGAGAAGCGAUGUCACCGGCAAGCCUUCCAACAAAGAGGGAAAACCAGAUUCACAGGCAGAUCCAAAGAAAGCUCCAAAGAAGACAGCCCGCCCCUGGAAAAAGAAGAAUCAGGGUGGAAGCGAUGCUGGCGGCGCUCGAGAAGUAAAGUGCAUCGCAGUUCGAUCCCUGCCUUUCGCCAUUGAAAGACAGCCGGCUUGUGCGCAACUGACUAUGAUGGUGGCCGUGUGGUUGGAUCCCGAACCUGCUCGACCUGGGAAGGAAAGAUGGCAAAACGAGACCAUGCAGGCGUCGGGGCUGGGUGCAGCAAAUCUUCCUGAGGCUCGCAUCGACAUGUGCGACCUGCUGGUGCAGGAGCCACCUCUGCGGGGCCGUGCAGGACCGCGGUUGGAACGACGCGAAACGGACGGCGUGGGCAGUUUGCGCAGAGACCUGGGCCGUGAGUUGGGAACCUCCGUGGAACUCUUUCGAACGCUCCGCGAAUUGUUGGGAGGUCCCGGUGGAGGAAAACUCACCUGGGCAGUAGGCGCUGAUGUCUUUGAAGGCAUGAGACACUGGGCUGACAAGGCGCGCGAAUGUUUGCAGCCGGGCGAGACCUGCGAUGCCCUGCUCCUCUUCACCCGUGAGGGGUGGACGUGCAAUCGCCUGAUGACUGCAGCCCAGGAGAAUACAGUGGCUGAAGCGAAGAUGUUCUCCCUCACGUUGAGCUGUUGGUCAUGCUCCCUGCCACGUCAGAUCACUCAGAUCUUCAGGGUCUCCAUCAUUCCCAUGCCCGAGCACCUGCUGGCAGUCUCCAGCCAUCAGGCGAGACAUGCCUUGGCACAAGAAUUCGCUGCUCCAGAGCCUCACAAGUGGGGCGGCUGGGGGGCCCGGAAAGCUGAAAGCUGGGUGGUAGGUCUGGUGACCUUGGACCAUCGGCGGGAACGGCACCCACGAUUUCCCACUGGCAAACGUCAACUGGACCGCCUGGACCGUGUGGCUCAGAAUCUCUGCGGCCGCUGCGAGGUCACGAAAUAUUGCCGCCCGGAAUGCCAACGUGCUCACUGGCGAGUGCACAAAGCUGUUUGCGGCCUUGAAGCGUUGAGCCACCCAUCAGUGCCCUCCAGUGUGACAGGUGGUAGAUCCCAGAUGCAUCUUCCACUGGGCCCAGGGCUGAAGGCACUACAAAGCCUGUCGCAACAGCUUGUGGCAGAAGACCACUUCGAAGCACAGGCGGAGGGCGAAGCAGCAGAGGCGGCGCGCAAGUUGCCGCAGCUGAAUGCUAUGCUGCUGGCGGAGGUUUGGGAUCUGGAAGAUUUGCAGAGACUGCAAGCCACAUUGGCCUCAAUCAGGCAGCAAUGGAGAGCACCACCAGAGUGCACUCUGCUCUGCAUCUACGUGGCAGCAGAGGAGCUACGAGAUCAAGCACAGAAACUCUUGGACGACUUUCAGGAGGCCAUCGAAGCGCCGGGCCCCCGCCUGGCCUAUGCUGAAGGCUUGGCACGUGCCGUGCUGUGCAAGGUGCACCAAGUGAUGCUCGGUGCUCCCAGUUGCAGCGGCCAGCAGCUGCGGCACAUGUUGAGCAAAGUACCAGAGGGCGACAACAGUUGGAUCCUCUUCACCUCGGCGGGUGGUAUCUGGCACCCGGGGCGGACGGGCCUCUUCAGAAACUUCACGCGGCAGGUGCCGGGUCCUGAGAAAUGUCUUGCCACUGUGGCUCCGCUGAUCGUGCGCCCAGUGCAGGCUGUGCCAACAUUGAAAUCUGCAGUGGAAGUGAACAGGAGGCUGCAACUGCCCGAUGGAGAUCUGGAAGUGAUGCAGGAGGCGAAGGACUGCGUCCAGUACUGCGUGCGUCGGGCUUUGCUGGCGGACUUUCUGGAGAUGUGGUCCGACACGGAGUUCACUGAUGAGACGCAGUGCAUGGAUCAGCUGUGGGCGUUCCUGGUGAACGACCAGCAGGAGAAGUGUUACGAGAUCGCGGUGAAGCAACUCUACGACGGCUCCUCGGGCAGCACGCCACUGUGGAUGUACUAUGCGCCGUGGCAACGCUUGCGAGGGAGCCACUAA